UUUUUGGCUCGUUUGCCUCAAAACCAAAGCCUUCAAAUCAAAUUUACAACACACACUGUGAUAUAUUAUACAAAUAGCCAGUGAAGAAUCAGAUCAACAAGAUGUCAACCACCACAGUAGCCAACAUAGAUAGUGAAAAGCAGUUUGCCGAAACAUACGUAAAGUUAAUUGCUUUAUCGAAUGAUGCUGCUCCAAGUCAAUUUAAUUCCACGUCAGACUACCACAAGUUGGAAUCGUUAGGGCCAAGUUUACCCAAAUUUAAAUUCUCUUUACCUAAGUCAGAAUCAAAGAAUAAAGGAUUAAAAGUAAAUUUGAAGUUCAAAUCAAUCAAGCCACCAUAUAAAUUCACUGCUGAAUUAAACAAUGUUCAUAUUUCCACCACCAUUCUUAAAGUCAAAUCUGAUUUAAUAGACUCGUUGCCUUUAUUGAAGGAUGGAAACAUAACACCAGUUAAUCUUAAAGUGUUACAUAAAUCCAAGGUAGUGCAAGAUGGUUCUGAAUUGUCAUCUAUCUACAACCAAGAAUCAGAAAUCACUUUCAGUUGUUUGGUUUCGGCUCCUACAGUGACCGCAACAACUCCAGCAGCUACAACUGAGGAAGUGGCAGAUAUAGAAAUGACAAAUGCUGAAACUGAAACCUCAACUAAAUCAUUACAAGUUUCUGAUUCCACUUGGAACAAAAUAUAUGAGUUAUUGGUUCAAGAUGUAGGACAGGCAAAUGCUCAUAUAGUUCAAACAAAAUUUAAAGAAAGUUUACAGUAAAUAAAUAGAACAACUUUAUUUACAAUAGUUAUAUAUAUAUAUAUUAAUUAAUAAAUAGAUAUGUCAUUAUGUCAUUAUGUAAAGGUUGUAUGAAUCAGUGAUAUCCUAUGUCUUGUUACUUAGAAGCAUACUUUUUGAUUAAUAAAUCUUUCAAAGUAUGACCUUCAGGUCUAUUCAUUCUUCUUUCAUGCACAUAAAAAGCACCUAACCCUAUAGCUAUACCAAACAAUGGAUCAACCGUUCGAG